GGGGAAAGGGCACGUGAAGCACCCGUAAAGCAAGUCCGCUUUAAGUUACUAACAGGGCUGACGUUACUUUGAACCAGAUGGAGGCUUUUCUGGGGUCGAUGCACAGCCCUGAUCUGAGCUCAGUCCUUUCAUCGUGUGAGCCGGAGCUUCAGGAACUGAUGCGACAAAUUGACAUCAUGAUCAACGAUCAGAAGAAGAAGUGGGAAGAUGAGAACCGCGCCUUGGAGCUCAGGCUGAAAAGUAGAGAAGAGGAACUUUUAAACUCAAGGAGCACAAUUGAACGGAGGGACCUGGAGAUUGGAUUACUCCACAAGCAGCUUGAAGAUGUCAAGACGGGUCCACAAGAGUUAGCCGCCAAGUACGAGCAGCAACUGCACAAACUCCGUGAAGAGUUGGAUAAGUUAAAGAGAAGUUACCAUAAGCUUCAGCGCAAACACCUCAAGGACGCUAACGCAGGAGUGAAAGAGACAGACCUCCAGAAGGAAUAUCAUCAGCGCUCUUUGGAGUGGGAGCAACAGCGCACCCAGAGCCGGCAGGAGCUCACAAUCCUGGAGACCGAGAAUAAGAGCUUGAAAGAUGAGCUCUCACACAUAAAAUCCCAGUGGGCAGCGCACCAAGUGGAGAGGGAGCACAGGGAUUGCUGUCUGGAGGUGCAGCGCCUGCGCUCUCAGCUGGAAAAAGCUCAGAGAAGUCUGCACACGCAGGAGCUGGAACUGGAGCGUCUCCGACCACUUGAGAGUUGGAAGGUGCUUUCUGAGGAAUGGGAGGAGCUGGACUCCCAGGAUGCAUUUGUGCGGCAAGCCAGUCUUGAGCACCAAAGACUUCGUAACGAAACAGCCAGAUUCAACCAAGCACUGCAAGCUAAAGAUCAAGUCAUUCGCUCUCUGGAAGACUGUCUGGUAGCUCAGGGCUGCACCGGUGUGGAAAUCCUCAGACGAGAGCUGGAGAAGACUGCAGCCAAGCUCCAAGGUGCCCAAGCAUAUCAGGGUCAUCUCAAGGCUGAACUGGCAUGUCUCAAAGAGAGGCUGCAGGUGGUGAGUAAACAGAGAGAUGACAACUUGAAGACGGAGCAAGAACUGCGAAGCCUGAAAGCUGAAUGUGACUCUUCUAUGGCUGAAGCGAAAAGGCUCAGAGAGGACCUUGAGCGGGCCAGGCAGACUCACAGCGGCGAAGUUGAGGGAAUGAGAAAGGAGGUGUCAAAGCUGACCAGCGAGCUGCACGAGCGCGACCUCGCCGUCGCCAGUCUGAGCGCCUCCUCGUCCAGCAUCAAGCAGCAGCUUCGCGAUGAGGCGGAGCGAUCAGAGAAGAAGUCUGCUGAGCUCAAAAUGACUCAUGCACAGCUGGAGAUGGUACAGGCUGAGAACCAGCACCUGAAAGGUCUGCUGCAGAGACUGCAGCCUCAGUCACCAAAGAGGGGAGGCUCCCCGCUUGCCUCCCUGAGGGAGAGUUAUGUGUCUUCUCUGAGCAGCCUGGAGCAGGAGAAUCGGCAGUUAAGGCAGACACUUGCUGAGAUGCAGUCACAACUUGAGGCCUCCAAUCAGAGCAGUCAUGAUAAAUAUGAACACGCUGUGCUCAGCCAUGCUGCGACUGACCAAGAGCAGCCUACGUAUAACAGGCCACAGGAGAACAUGCAAGUCAGAAAAGCUCAGGCUCUAGAGAACACCACUCGCUAUGAAGGAGAGAUCCAGAUGCUCUUUAAAGAACUUCAAACCUCGUCCAAGACGUCCACAGGUCUGUCCCGCAACCAAGGUCCACAGUCCCAAGGUAGCAGGCCUCAUUCAUCUGCCUCCUCGUCCUCCAGCAGCAGCACCACAACAACACUGUCCAUGAGAGACUCUGUGCCGGUCCUAAGCUCCAGCAAAUCUGCAGCUGAUGGACAAAACUCGAGCCCGGGAGACUCUCUGACCAGCAGCGAUAAAGAGAUUUCUUCUCCCUCUUCCGAGGACCUUUUGUCUGCAUCGCUGACAGACACAGUGGUCACUCGUUUCCUGGAGGAAGAGAACCUACGGACUGAGGAGCUGCUGCAGAGUUUGGACAGCCACAUCUUCGGGAUGAAGGAGAAGAACAACAAGACGUUCUCCACGUUCCUGCACAGCAGCUCGGAGCCUGAGUCUGCCCAGAUGUCAGUGCAGGAUGGUCAGUGAUGGAGUCACAACAGUGCCAGCUGUGUUCUUGGGCUUUAUUAUAUCAUCAUGAAUGAUCGCAGAUGGGUUAGUGCGUCCCUUGAUUGAGUGUUUUUUCACAUUUACGCCUCGAGUUAAACCAAGUGUUCCUUAACAACCGUCUGUAGUAAAUGUUGUAGGCUGUUACACUUGAAUGUGUGUUUAUCUGUGUGCUAGAAGAAGCUGAAUGUAGAUUACAGGUCUGAAAAGUGAAGUCAGAAAGCACAAGUGCCUUGAAGCUGUAUUUCUUUUUCUAAUGGCCAGCAGGGGGCGACUCCCACAGUAGCAAAACAAAUCCAUUUAAUUUGAAGUCUGGGAAAAAUGGCCAGUGUUUCCCUUUGCCUGUGGCUUUGUGUAACACUUUCCUGAUAAAUCUAUGGGCUCAGUCUGUUGCUUGAGGUCAUAAUGAGAACAACGUGAUGUCUACUUCGCAAAUGGUCAUCCCCUUUAGUGUCCAGAAGGCAGUUAAAUUUAUAUGCUUUAAGGCAUGCCUCCCUUGUGAUUGACAAGAUGCUGCCCUAAAUCCUGCACUGCAAGAUUCAGGAAGCAGGAGGAAUGUGUUCGAACACCACGUGCGUCAGAUGUCCAGGUAGAAGGACAAGAUGAUGAAGUUUGAGUAGGAGAACUCGGUUGGUCCAAACUGCUGUUUUUUGUUUUUUUGUUUUUCUUGACCUGCAUAUUUUAUUUUGUCUGGAAUGCAGCAUCGAUGGGACGUUUGCAUUUCCAUCCAGACAGACUGACGAUGCAGCGAGCCAAAGGAGGGUCCAUCCUCCCCAUACGUCUGUCAUAACUUAGAAAAUACCACAUCGUUUACACUGCGUCCAUGAUGGAGGGAGAGUCAAACACACACACACACACAAACACAACCCAUCAUCAACACCCGUCUGCAGAGGCCCUCCAGCCCGUCGAGCGCAGGAAUGCGUGCACCGUGCCAAUGCUGUCAUGGACCUUCAUCCCCUGCGGCGUGCUUCGUCCUCAUCAUUAGAAAGCUGAUGGAAUGUUAAUUUCUUCCAUGUGCACCGGUGAAAAAGCCGAGGGGGGGCGUGAGGACAAUUUACUGCUCUCCCAGUGAAGGACGCUCUGAUCGAAUGGAAAUAAAGUGGGAAACAAAUCUCGAGAAGUAUGUGUUUUUCAUUUUUGCCUUCAUAAUGUUACAAUAACAAAAGAGAAGUGAUGUUCAGCUGAGCUCGCUGACUUCUCACUUUGGUAUUCGUGAGCCUGCUUUAUGAGCGCUUAAAGCUCCAACAAACAGCGCUCAGGAAUUUGGCAAGGCAGGCAAUCUUCUGGCUCUCUGCAGAGGGAGGUGAAAAGGUUUUUAUAUGUGCUGAGAUUCCUUGAAGGGGCCUAAGUAAAAGGGAGGAGGAAUUGAUUUACUUAUGUAAUAAUUCACAGAAAAUAAGUUCAGGCUGUAAGAUGAUCGAACUGAAGUCUUUUCACCUUCUCGGGGUUGAUGCUGGUAGCUUGAUGCAGCACGAGAGGACACCUACCACCUCGAGGACUUGCUUUGAGGCAAGUCUUUGAGAAAUUACUGCAAAAGCUAUCUGGACUGGUGAAGUCAGCACCGCUCGGCAUGACUUUGUCAUUUUGCUAAAAUGGUGCCAAGCAAACUUUUAAAGCACGUUUGAUCAAAUUUGACUCGUUUUUAUCGUUAACUGUUCAAAAUACAUCCUCCCUCAAAGUGGAUGGAUUUCAAGAUGGCUGCAAAGUGAUGAGAAUAUUGAUGACUGUGCAAGAAAUUAUAAUGAAGUCAUCAGAGUCGGCCCUUUCUCCGUCCUUCAUUACUUCCGCGAUUCGUUUCAGACAAAUGAGAGAUGAAGUGCGUUGACCUUGUUUCCCAUCCUUUACCUCAGAGAACCAGCAGAGGGAGACAUCACAGGUGGUUACAGAUCUGCACAAGUCAAUGGCAGCGCAGCUGCCAAGUUUAAUUCUCCUGUUAUCUGGUGAUAUGCUGUAAUUCAGAGAGAGCUGUGUGGGCUCACAAGAGGGUCUAACACCUCACCGAACGUCCUUCGAAAUACCAGACAUCAAAUACACAUGGAAAUUAGUGAAUCCUCUGUGGGAAUAUCGGCUCACAGUUAUCAACUGAUCUUGAUGGAUUGAGAUAUUCAGGGUAUUUGUUUGAGGAAUUUCUGCUAUCUGUAAGAUCUUGUCACGGGAAUAAAGAAUGAAGCUUGAUUGUUUGUGUAAAGGCUGACUUAUCUCUGAAUGGGUGAGGCAGUGCAGGUUCGUGGGGAUUUCUCAGAGCAGACUGGGUUGAUUUGCCAGCAGAUUUUGAGAUUUCUCAGCAUUAAGUGGUUGCAAGCUUGUAGCAUUGAAAGAGGUUUUCAAUCCUUUCAAUGUUUGAACUUAUCGGAGGUCAGAGAUUGCUUUAGAAAUGUUACCAAAAAGGCCUCAAAUGUGGGUUUAGCGUGACUCAGACGGUUAAUCGCUUCUCACACAUUGUUGUACCUUGAUGGAUGUCACAUUUAAUAUGUAUUUUUAUGAGUUGCUGAACUUCUUUCACAAGAUAAUAACUUUUCCCAUAAUUGUUGCUGCCUGCAUGUACUCUUUGUUGCACAUUCCUCUCUGAACAUGCCAGACGUGCUUCGCGUGUGUUCCACCUCUACUUCCAGCCAUAUCCCUCAUAUGACAGGAACGUCCCAUUGUUCUUAAGAGUGUGUGUGUGUGUGUGUGUGUGCGUGUGUGUGUGUGUGUGAACAGUGUUGGGAGAUGGGGGUCAAAGGGAGUGGGUGCAGGUUGCUGCUGGACUCUUCUCGUGCGGCAAUAUGGCGGCGGACGUUUGCUGCAGGAUGCUUGGAAUGCUGCAGAGACAGAGGGGCGCGCUCUUAUCGGCGCGGCAACAGAGUCAGAGAGGCGACGAGGAAAAGGCUCAUUCCUCUAACACACAAUGAGCAUGUUAACAAGUGUCCCAGUUACAGUGUGUGUUUGUACUGUAGUAUGUAAACAGAGGUGGAAUAAGUGCUGGGAUCACAACUUUUUCUGUACAGUAGCAUGCAAAAUUUUGUCUUCAUACCAUAAACAUUGUAUGACGUAAAGGCCCUGAAAGUGCAUGAAAGUGGGUUUGAAUUUGGGACUUUUAAUUCAUUUAUUUUUGCAUCUCAUCAGAAUCAGAAUCAG